UCAAGCGGUGCGUAGUUUUCAGUUUUCAGAUGUACCUACCUACUGUAAAUAAAAAGAUCAGUCGCUGUUUGCACUCGCGCUUCAUCCGGUGUGUGUUAAAAAAAUCACACUCUUUACCUACAUGAUGUAUUGUGAUAAAUCAUUGAAAUAACUGAAGACUUUACGUGUUAUGGACAAUAUCAUGGACGAAUUCGAAGCCUUCAAAGAGUUUUUACUAGAAUGUGAACUGCAACAAUAUUACGAUUUAUUCAGAGAUAUAUUAAAAAUUACUAAAAUAUCACAACUUAAGUUUGUUGUGAUUGAAGAUUUGGCUCAGAUUGGCUUAUCAAAGCCUGAACAAAGAAGGUAUAAAAAAAUUUACAGCAAAUAUUUUCCAAACAACUAUGUGGCUAAGAUCAAAAAACUUCUAGGUACAAAAAAACAGGAAGCAGUAAAUCUUGCAAAUAUGGGGUUAAAUUCGGAUAAUCAGCUUCCAGAAUUUUCUGAGAGCAAUGUUAAAACAUCUCCUAAACAUAUAAUAGCUAUUGAAGACAUCUCAAUGAACAAAGAACUGGGCAUGGGCCAGUUUGGUGUUGUGCAGCAAGGGACGUGGGCGACAGGAAAUCAACGGAUACAAGUAGCUAUAAAAUGUCUCGGAAAUGAGCGUAUGACUUCGAACUCUACGGAAUUUCUGAAGGAAGCCGCCGUGAUGCAUAGUAUUGAUCAUCCUAAUAUAGUAAGGCUUUAUGGGGUUGUAUUACACCUAGAUUCGUUGAUGUUGGUCACAGAGUUAGCACCACUGAGAUCCCUAUUAGAAUGCCUCCGUGAGGUUACAUUCCGUACGAAUUUUCCAGUGCUAAAUCUUUGUGAGUUUGCUGAACAGAUCUGUGAUGGAAUGACUUAUUUAGAAAACAAAAGACUGAUUCAUAGAGAUCUAGCGGCAAGAAACAUAUUAGUGUUUAGCAAGGAUCUAGUUAAAAUCUCAGAUUUUGGAUUGUCACGGGCUUUGGGGGUAGGGAAGGAUUACUACCAAACCAAUUAUAAUGUCAACCUGAAGCUACCCGUCGCUUGGUGUGCUCCGGAAUGUAUUCUGUAUCUGCGCUUCACUACAUCGAGCGAUAUAUGGGCGUACGGGGUGUGUUUGUGGGAAAUGUUCACUUACGGGUUUCAACCGUGGGCGGCCUUUUCCGGACAACAGAUACUUGAAGCCAUUGAUGCGCCUAACUACCAGAGAUUGGAGCGCCCAGAAUGCUGCCCUGAAGAAUACUAUGCUUUGAUGUGUGAUUGCUGGGCACAUGAUCCCAAUAAUCGGCCAAAAUUCAAGGACGUGAAAAUACGAUUGAUGGAAAUAAGGCCUCAAGAGGUAGAGGCUACUUGCACCUAUGUAAAACCAGAGGAUGGUCGACGAUCAAGUUUCCUCGAAUACAAAACUGGCCAAAAAAUAACUGUGCUGUCCAAAGAAGACUACACUCAUUCGGCCAUGUGGUAUGGAGUGUUGCCAGGAGGCACUUGUGGACUAUUUGAUCCGAAAAAUACAAAGCCAUGCGUAAAGGUUGAGAACGCACGCUCAUUCGCGUCCGGUUCGUACACGACGCACGAGUCGCGCUCCGGGAACCGCUCGUUCCGCUCGACGCUGUUGCGCUCGGACGCCAAGCGGCACACGUACACCGGCAAGCGCUCGCUACAGCGCUGCAUGAUAUCGAGCCCGCAGGGCGACGUCAAGCACACGGGACACGUGGGCCUGGACGGCGCGUUCUUUGGCGACAUUGCGUUCCUGGAUAUCGCCGGAUGCCCUCCGCGCCAGAUCGUGACGCCAUACAAGCCGUCGGACGACCUGGAGCAAGUGCCGCUGAUCAACCCGAACUCGCCAUCUCACCUGGUCGGGACCACGUGCAUCGCUUACCCGCUGCUGACGUCACACAACGUGCCCAGCGCCUGCUCGGGCUCCGGCUCCGGCGGGGACAAACGUGACAAUCGCGAUUCAAAGGAUUCAAAAGAUUCGAAGCCAGGCAAAGCUUCCAAGAAGAGUUCCAAGUCCAAGAAGGAAGAGUCAAGCGGCAAGAGCCUCUUAAGCAAGGUGAAAUCUGCUACUCUUGGGCGUUCCCACAAACAAACUGAGGAUACUGCAGCCAAGAGCUCAGAGGCCCACGAGUACCAUGAAAUCUCGGACACUGACACUGAGAGUACAGCAACAGAUAAUGCUAGAGCUGAAGUAGCAGCGCCAGAUAGUCCCGGUAUACCAAAAACAUACACUGACUUCAGUCAAAGUCUUCUCAAUGAAAUUGAGGUGAUGUUUCGGAACCAUGGUCAGCGGAAGGAAGACGGACAGUUCCAACAGGAGGAGGUCGAAACGGCUAUCAGAAAUGCUUUGGGCAGGACUCGUACACUGAGUAAGUCGGAGAAGAAGAAGGUUUACACCACCAUGAAGCCAAUGUCGCCACAAGACGAGAGAACCCUGGAGACAGCCUGCGCUAUGGCAAACGAGAUAACUGCCAAAUCUAUGAAUGAUUUGGGUGAGGAUAAACAACCGACGUCCCCCAGUGAAAAGUCAAAAUUCCACUUCAAAUUCCCGCUAGUGUCGCUGCAUCAUAACAACCACCAUGAACCCGACAAGGAACCGACUGCUAAACGGAACUUUAGCGAAGAAGCAAACAGCGUUCCUGACAUUCAAGCGUCAAUAACAGAGGAAUCCAAAAUGGUAUACGCGAGUUUAAUUGAAGAGCCAACUCCCGCUCUAUCGGUGAUUAGUAGGUCACACGAUAUGUUGGCCAAGCCAUCCACGAUACCAAAAGAAUCACCUAAAAAUCAAUAUACACAAUCACACUUCAAUUCGUUACAGAAACCUGUAUCGGGAGGGCUUGUGUUCGGAGACCCGUCGGCAUCGAUAACGACAAUCGACAGCGAUGGUAAUGAGCUACCCCUGCCACCGCGGUCAACAAAACCGAAGCUGGUUGACAAGCCGCGCCACUUCAGGAAAUACCCACUACGAUUACCGGGACGUGACAUCCCAGGCCCCAUUUUGAACACCCCGGCUAACGUCCAGGCGUGUGCUAUAUACCAAAAUACUAGAGCUCUGAUGCGAAACGAGGAAAGAGAGGCCAGAGAAAAGGCACACCGUGAAGCAAAAGAAAAGGCACUAGCGGAGGCAAAGGCACUAGCUGAGGAAAAGGCACAAGCAGAAGCAAAGGCUAAAGCAGAGCAAGUGAUUGCAAAAGCUGACGCAGAAGUGCAAGUUGAGGAAAAGGCACUAGCAGAGGCAAUGGCACCGCCUGAGACACGAGCUAGGACACGAGCUGCAGCAAAACCAGUAGAGGAGGAAAACGCUUCGGCUCUGGAUCCCAGGAAUCCGUUCGAACUUCCGACUUCGACUUAUCCAGAUAUAGAACUGCCUGACCUCUCUACGAACCCAUUCAAUUGUUACAUAAGUAACUUGGACGCUAGCCUUGAGGAGGGGGAAGACCAGAUAUUCGAAGAGGUCUACCUUAAAGGUGAGGAUCGCGACUACAAGCGUGAUCACGUCUCAGUGGAGGAUUUACUUCAAUUCGCAGAUAAAAAACCCUCCUCAAAACAACGCGGUGUCGAGUCCGACGAGGUCAGAAUUAUGAGCAAAGUUCUUAAACAGCAGGCAUCUCCAGAGGAAUGUUUAGAGGCUUUAGAGUUUACAGACUGGAAUGUACAUAUCGCUAUAAAGUUAUUGAAAAUAAAGACUUCUGUGGCGGACGAUAUGGUUGUGACUUUUGAUGAGUGCCUUCGGGAACUGGAGAGGUUCGAUGGUGAUGUUGCAAAAGCAUCGUCGGCCAUUGUGUUGAAAAAAAAAGAAGAUGAUGGAUAAACUUAGUGUGUUUUAUUUGGACUCAAAUAUGAUUGGACGAAAUGUUCGUUUUUAAAUGUAGUGUUUCAACUCUGGAUGUGUUAUUAAUUAUUAUUAGUUAUUACUAAUUUUAAUACAAAAUAUUAUGUAUAUAUAAAUAAUUAAUAUUUUAUCUAGUUCUAAGGAUAGCCCGAAUGCAUAGGGUACUACUAACUAUGUUGAUAUUAUAACAUUAUGAAUGUUGUUAUCGAUGUGUAAGAAUUUAGUAGACAAUUUUUUCAAAUGUUAUAUAAUAAUAGUGUAACUAUCUGUCCAGCUCUUCUACAAUGAUGCGCUUUCACUUAUUUCAUAUAAAUAAAUUAUAUUGGAUGUUAUAUUGUAUUUAAUAUAUAUAUGUAAAUAAUAUGAAUGUAUGCAAACAUAAGGAGUAGGUGGAUAGCAACGUAAUUUUACUUCGAAAUUUUCUAAACAAAAAAUGUGUGUUAGAAACGCCUAAAUGUAGUCAAAUUUAUUCGCCGCCGAUAUUGUCGUUAUUAAUAUAUAUAACCUGUUAAUACGAAAAAAUUAAAAAAAAAGAAACGCGUAGAAUUUUGACAAGCAGGUGUAUACAUAAGAGUGUAUUGAACUUUUAAUAUUAAUCACAGUGGUAAGAUACCUACUGCUAAUAUUGUAAAACCAAGAUGAUUACACAUUUAUCUGAAGUAUGAACAACAUAUAAUAUAAUAAUAUAUCACAAGCAUAUAUACUUACGUGAUUAAUAUCAAAAGCUAUUUUUUAUGGAGAGAACUUUCAAUAUUUUAUAAAAACAUUUCACAUAAAAGCGUAUAUUUUAUAAAGAAUAUAUAUGUGUAUGUACAUAUCGUAUUUUCGGAAAUGUUAGGCAUGUUCUGUAAAUCAAUUUUAUAUACAUAUAUUGUAUAUUUUUCUUAGUAAGUAUCAAAAUUUUAUUAUAUAUAAAUCAAUGUUAGGAAGAAAUGUUUUACCUUUAUCAAAAAUAAAAUAAGAUAAUCUAGUUUUCUGAAUGUAAUGAAAAUUGCCCUAUAACGGCUUACAUAUAUAGCCUACAAAUAUGUUGUAGGCUAUAAAUUAUGAUGUUGACCACAUCAUUAAAUGCGACCAUUUCGUGAAAUGAUCAAUCAUUUCAUGAAAUGAGCAAAUAUAUACCUAAUAUGAUCGCUAUUGCAACAUUCACGUAGUUUUACGGCAGAUACAAUUAUUGUGCUUACCUAUUACUUUCCCUUUCACGUUUGAGGGAAAAGGUAGUGAAAAUCUUAUUUAGCGCCCAAUAUGGGCCCCUCGUCCAUUUAUAUAUAAAUAGAAUACAAUUAAGCUUGGGUCGUGCACACAUUCACACUAACUUUUGACAAUAUUUCCCAACGUUUAACGCAACUAUCUAACGUAAAUUGACCCCAGAACCUUACGUAACCGUACUGGCAUCUACAUUUGCCGGAAAGCAGAAGGGACUUCCAAGGCCCAAGUUACGAUCAAUAGAAUGUUGAUGAAUCUCUAUAAUGUGCAACGCCUCCAGCUCUCUCUUUAUAGAUACGUACGGUCUAAUCAAAAUAAUGCAUUUAUGUAACUUAUGUUCUUAAAUAAGUCGAUGGUAUAUUUACUUAAGGAAUAGUUUUUUUGAUAGAAUUAUUACAAAAAAAGAAGUAAUUAAGAGACCAAUUAUGUCCAUAAUGGACAUAGUUUUUUUUAUGAUGGUUAUGUAUUUUGUUAAAUAUAAAUUUCUCCAGUGUUGUUAUUUAAGACUAAAUGAGUUUGGGAUCAUGAAACAAUAAGUGAAUUCUAAUAUUAUAAUAAUAGUUAAUAACUAAGGUUAUUUACCUAAAAAUAUUUUAUAUUUAAAAAAUAUCCACAUGUAUAUAUUAUACAUUAUACAGGAACAGGGUUACAGAGUAGGUAAGUCGACCAGUUCCCGUUAUGGGUGACAUCUGCAUAAUAUUAUUACAGUUUACAUCGUUCUGACUGAUUUGACCAUACUUAUCUAAAUAUGAGUUUAUAUGAAAGCCUAGUGUCGACUAUUGUGGUCGCUAAUUAUAAUAUAUAACAAACGCGCUCAAUGUAUUAAAAAAUAAUAACAAGUAGGUAACACAAACCAAUAAAAUAAACUGAUAAUUCAAGAAUUUUUAUUUUUUAUUUUUUUAAUAGUUAUGCGGGGCAGCGUGAUAUCGAUAAUUUUAAAUAAUAGCGAAAUAAUAUUAGACGAUGGACAUAUCACACUAUAUAAGACCUGAGUGCCGACGAACCUACCAGUAUGAUGGGAAAUUUUAAAUUGUUAUUUUGAACCAAUUUUGACUGGAUGACAAAAUUUGUCGUGGUCGUCGUCGUCGUUGGUAGUGUGACCGAACCAUUACUAAAAUAUCAUGAGCUUAUGUCAAAAAUUUGCGAUAGCAGUUUCUAUUCCUCAGCGUUGAUUCCAGUUGACUCUAUUCUCUGACAUUAGACUCGGCCUGCUGUUUGGAACUUAGUUUGGAAAGUUCUUGCAAAUGAAGUAAGGUCUAUUCUAUUUUUACCGAACGAAAUGUUUUGAAGACAAUUACAAUUUUAUUGAUGGGCUGAAGAAAAUUUGGAAAUUUAAGCUUUUUCUCGGAUAUAUUUUGUAAUUUAAAUGAAUGUUAUUGUAUCAAAAAUAGUGAAUAAAACAAAAUUGAUCGUAGUUACUUAUAUAAUAUUUUAUCAAUUAAAAAUAUUUACAUUGUCAAAGUUUAAGUUUAAUUUUCUAAUCAUAACAUUAAUACAAUGCACUUUAUAAUAUGUAAUUCAGAUUCAAAUCGAUAAAAUACUCAUGCAAACUUCAAUCGAUAUAUCGUGAGUGUCGAGUACCGAGUCGUAUGUAAUUUACAUCACUUAUUACGUCUUGCAGACGGAGGAUAUUUAGUCCAUUGAAAAAUUACAUUUGGGGUCGCCUUUUUUAGAGGACGCUAUUUUUUUAUGUGUAGGGGGGGGGGGGGUCAGUGUGAAGCUAUCACCAAGUUUGUGGGGUCGCCGGUUUUUUUAUCAUUUUACGAAGAAAUUAUAUCAGACCAUUUUUGUGGAUUGUUUUUCGAGGAACAACUUUUAUAAACAACAUUUUUUCAUUACGUCAAUAGCUUAGGUUUUACAGCGCUCCGAAGUGAGUACUAUUUUUCAGUACUCUUAACUAAACAUAAAUUGGCCGGUCCAACAACUUCUCAUUCCACAGACCAGUUUAUUUUUUUCCAUAUCAAUAUGCAAUAGUCCUACAUCAGCCGCAGACUGCCCAGGACUGUAUCUCUAUAGUGCAGCCAUGGGCAGUCUGCGGCUGGUGUCCCAUAACACAUAAAGGUUCUCGAAAGGGCCUCUGUGUGUUGGACAAAAACAAUUAACUUCAAAUGUCUAUGUAACGGUUAGAUUAGGUUAUGCCGUUAGAGUAUUAAGUAUAUGAUCAAAUCAUUCAGAAACGAUGUAAACUAUGCGCUCUUCGGGAAUUGGGUCGACAAAUUCCAUACAUAGUAGCAUGUAUGCAUAAUAUACCUAUACCUACACAUACAAGAAAUAGGUAUACAAGAGUUUAUUAUAAUAUAUACUCUACUUCUCGUUUACAAUAUCGAACUAUACUAAAUUUUAAAAUUCGAGUCAAAAUCAUUCAUUAAUAUGGCUGAAAAUGUUGAUUCAAGCGGAAAUAUGUUAUAGUUAACGACAAUGAAAUGGAUUUAAUAGUAAAUAGACGCAGUCGUCAGCGCAUGCGCGCUUUUUGGCCUAGAUGUCGGACGAGGCCGUUAUACGUGUGUGUGUAGCUUCUGUAGGAUACUAGGUCUAAACGUUUGUGUGCGUUUGGCACGUAGGACGCGCCUCUCGACCUACAUUCGGCAGAACCCCGUUUAUUAUUGACGUCCUAGACGACGAAUUUAAUAUGACAUUCUUGUUGUUGUUUUAUAUCCUGGAAAAUUAAAGAUCGGCAUUGGCCGCAACUCAUUAUAUUAUAAUAUUAUAUUAUAGAAAAGUUUCCAUAGUCAAUUAGCUAAGUCUAAAUAGAUUUUAAAUACACAUGAGUAAAAUGUAAAAUUGUUGGAACAUGACUGGGAUACAAUUACGGAGUAGUAGAUUUUUAUGGAUAUACAAAAAAAAAUGUUAAAAAAAAGAAUAUCUCUGUGAGUAGAUGAUGAUGUAAUGAUGUUUCGAAUGACGAUACUCGUGCAUCAUUUACAAUAAUACCUACUUACAUGUUUAUAGGGCACUAUUUUACUUCGUACCUACUUAUAGCUGUUAUAUUAUAGUUGUAAAUAUAUUAUGUAAAAUUUAAAAUUGUAUUCGUGUCAAAAUACAGUGCAAGACAUUAGGUACAAUGGUAGACUAUAAUCGAUGCUGCAUGCGAUUAUUAUGUAAAAAUAAUGGAUGGAUACGUAAUAGACAUAGUAGGUCCUAACAAGAUUAAGCUUCAAUUCCCUUGAAGAAAUGAUAAUCCCUGCAUUUCCUGUCCUCAUAGAGUUCGCGUGAUUGCAGCGUAAUUCAUUGAAAUAAGAGGAUGCACUUCCACUGUGUACAGGGAAGCUGUUAUCUCCACGUUAACGGAGCUAAUUUCGUUUUAAUGAUUUAGCCCUUGAAUGUUUAACUAAAGGUGGGGCAAAUAAAGUGACCCCCAUUAUAUAGAUAAUAACUAGGUAUUUAGUAUUUAACAUUACUCAUUGUACAUCUAUGUAAUUAAGAGGGUAUAUACUAUAUAGGUAUAUGCAUGUAAUUUCAACGUUAAUUACGUAAAUGUCAAACAAAAUCUAGAUUAUAAGUUGAUUAACUAAGGCUAAGAUUUGGUGUUUUGUUUUAUAUAAAAAAUAAAACUUCUCUUUACGAAGAAACAAAAAACGUUAUAAGGUAGUAUUAUAAUAUAACUAUAGCUAAGGUUCUAAAAUCAAAUCGCUUUAGAAAUCAAUAGAAUUUGUUCUUUAGAUAUUAUGUACAGAAAAUCGAUGUCUAAAAUAUUCGUGUGUAAUGAAAAGAUUUUAUCAUAUUUAUGUUUCAAUUAUUAUUAUAAUUUAUAGAUAACUAGGUAUACCUAAUAUUCUAAAAUUGAAUCGCUUUAGAAAUAAAUGAAAUUUGUUCCUUGUAAAUUGUAAUAUCAAUCUUUACCUACUGUGGUAAGACAUGGGUAUAAGACUGCACUGGUAUAGAAAAUCUAAAAUAUUCGUAAUGAGAAGAUUUUAUCAUAUUAUUUACGUUUCAAUUAUUAUUAUAAUAUGUAGUUAUAUAGAUAACUAUAAUGUUCUAAAAUUGAAUCGCUUUAGAAAUUAAUAAAAUUAAUUCCUUAUUAUAUCAAUAUUUUCUGUGGUAUAGAAAAUUAAUGUCUAAAAUAUAUGUGUGUAAUGAAAAGA